GAGACGAAAACUCGUGCCUUUCGAGCUUGUCGAUUUUGUGAUUCAAGUUAUGCGGUUGUAAGAAGAACGAUAAGUCGCGCACGGCUUAUCGUUGCCAUAUGUGAUAAUGCUGAUUACUUUCGUCCGUGAGAAGCCCACGAACUUUUCGCGAACUGUCGUUCAGUUGCGUUUUUGUUAAAUCGCAGUGACUAUUCGCGGCGUGUGUGUAUUAUAAGUAACACCGCAAAAUAUUGUGUGCUCGUCAAGGUGUAUGUCAAUUUUGGUCACGAUUGCUCUCUCUCUCUCUGUCUCUCUGUUUCUUCUUCAAAUAGACAUUAUUUUCGCAAAUGCCAUGUCGUAGUUUCUUCGAAACGUGUAAAUCUCUGCGAUUGAAAUAACUUCCACGUUUGCCGAUAAAAAUGUAAAACAUUCGUAAAAGAGCAAAAAUUCGAAACCUAACCUGAGAGAUAUAGAUCUGAUUUUGUUUUAUUAAUAGUUAAUAAUAAUAACAGUGCACACAGUCCCGCACACACAAAGGGGACACCGUCUACAAUCUUAUCGAUUUUACGCCGUUCGCGCGGUGAGUUCCUUUUUUCUUUCUUUUUUUCUUUGCCGACACGGUGUGUUACCGACACACAGUUGGUUAUAUGCGCAAAAGGUGUCUGUGAUCGGAUAGCGCGAUCGCACACAGGUCGACACACAGGUGAUCGAAGAAAAAAUAAAAAAACAAGCAUGCUUGCGUUAUCAUUGCCAACCUGAUAAACGAAUUCUCCAUCUUCGCCGGUACGAGGAGCUUUUUCGGGUAAAACGCUUGUGCUGAUAAAAAGAGAGAUUAAUUCCGCAUGAACGGGGACUCGCAACAAUGACAGUUUACACGUCGCUUGUCGCGUGUACCUUCUAUUAGGUUAUGUUCGUGCGCGGACGCGGCGGCACGUUUCUCUCGCAACGACACUUCACGCUGACUUCGGACAGAAAAAAAGUGGUGCCGCGAACGGCGUAUGGAUCCUAUACGAUCUGUGGCGAUCCAACAACUGACAUACGUAACGAUUUUUGGAACGUAAUGAUUUACUAACGACUUUCUCGAGGCUCCAGGGAUCCAUAAGACGAGACCGGUUUUAGCAAAAAUAUGACACGUUCUCAUAUAAAAUAUCAAAUUGCCAGAGACGAUGUAGACACAACGGAGUAUUUGCCACAAAGCGUUACAGAUUUUCAAAAUGCAACGAAACCAGAGCCAACAUUUUGGAGAAAGGCAUUUCAAGCAUUUGUACUGAUCUCGAUUUACUUUAUUUUAUCAAUAGGCCUCACAUUUUAUAAUCCAUGGCUUUACAAUACAUACGGAUUUGAUUUUCCUCUUGGAGUGGUGGUUUGCCACUUGGUGAUAAAGUUUAUAUUAUCGGCGUUAAUAAGAUGCAUCAGAAGAUGUUGCAAUGUCAAACGGAUAAAUCUUCCGUGGCAAAGUAUAAUUUAUUCCUUAAUGGUGCCCGGUAUAGCCAGUGGCGUCGAUAUUGGUCUAUCAAACUGGGCGCUUUCAUUGAUUUCAAUAUCUCUAGUGACUAUGACUAAAUCUACUGUUAUAAUAUUUAUUCUUGGAUUUUCUCUUCUUUUUAAACUAGAAAAAAAGUCGUGGUCUCUGGUUGGGAUAGUGGUAAUGAUAGCAGGUGGAUUGGUGAUGUUCACAUAUAAGUCCACGCAGUUUGGUGUUCUUGGGUUUAUAUUGUGUCUGUUAGCGUCGUUUGCGAGUGGCAUACGAUGGACUAUGACACAACUCAUUAUGCAAAGAUCCAAACUCGGUCUUCAUGAUCCAAUUGAUAUGAUGUAUUACAUGCAACCUUGGAUGUUACUGCCAGCAGUAUCUGUAGCUUUGUGGUUUGAAGGCGGUAAAAUGUACAACGGUAUUAACGCUACCGAUUGGAGCGACAUUGGCAGUAUUUUAUCAACUACAAGUACUGUAAUAGCAGGUGCCAUUUUAGCAUUUAGUAUGGAAAUUAUGGAAUUUUUAGUUGUUACUCACACCUCUAGUCUGACAUUGUCAAUCUCGGGAGUAUUUAAGGAAAUAUGUACAUUAACACUGGCCUUUGCGUUGAAAGGUGAUCAAAUGACUGGCCUCAACUUUGUAGGGUUGUUAAUGUGCCUUGGUGGUAUAAUAAUUCACGUUGUUCAGAAAGUAUUAGUCAACAGAAAAAAGACAAUUGAGAAUUUAGAACUGCAAUCGAAAGUAACGAGUAACAGUGCGAAACAGGAAGAGGGUACUGACUCGAAUAUGCCGUUAUUGAUGGAAAAAUCGACAUCUCUGGUGAAUCUUCUCAAUGCCGAGUUUAGCUCGGAUGAGGAUGGUAAUUUGAAGGAAGAUGAAAACGCGGCCCAAAUAUUGUCGGACAUUUUGCAACGCAGAGAACACACGCAGUGACACAUUGUGAACUAUUAGACCUGACACACGAACUGCUGUAAGCUGUAAAGAAUAUAUAUUUUAUAUUCAGGGAAACAAACAUUCCACAUAUUUUUACGUUACGGUAUUUUAUAUUUUUGCAAAGUCACUUUACAACCAUUAACGAAAUUCUGACAUCACGUAUUCGUCUCUUAUAAAUGCUACGAGAUUUAAUAUAUCAGUGAUCAGACAAUGCAACGUAGAUUUCCUAAUUAUAAACAAUUGAAAACUGAAAUGGUAUUUUUCAAAGUUUUUAAAUGUUCUCUUUAAGAUUAUCUUUUUCUCGCACUUCUGGUAAUAUUUCUAUAUAAAACUUUUCACAAUAAGAUUUAAGCGAUAUAUGUUUGUUGUGAAAUGUUAAACAAAAUGAUUUUUACAUAGAUUAUUAUCGUGUAAAGAUAAAACGUGUGUAUAAAUAACUUAGAAAAACUUAUGGAGUACAAACAUAGAAACUAUAAAAUGAACUUCAUCAAGUACGUAUGUAUAUCGAUAUAAGAGAGAUAGGGGGGGGGGGGAAUUUAUAGUAUUACACUGUUUUUCCAGAUAUUGUGUAUCACCAAUAUAAUUGUUUUGCUUCAUCUAAAUUAUGACGUGUGUGUGUGUAAGCUUGUCGCUUAAAAAUUUUAUCUUCAAAGUAAGUAAUGACGAUUUAAAAUCAUAUGUAUAUAUAUUUAAUGUUCUCUAAAAAUAAAUUUUUUAUAUAUAUAUAUAUAUAUAUAAAAUUAUAACAUAAAAAAGGAACGCACAAUAUAUAUCCAAUUUAAAUGGAACGCACGACUUGAAAGAUGUUAAUAUAAACUGUAUAUGUGAUAAUUUGUGUUUUAAAAGAUAAUUUAUAAAUAAAAUUAUAUAUAUAUAUAGAUAUAUAAAGAUAUAUAUAUUUGUAAAUAAUCAUGUGUGAAGUAUACAUGCAUAUAUAGAAAGAUAGAGAGCUCACAUGGGCUAUAUUCAAUAAUGCGUUAACAAUAAUGCGUUUAUCUUACCAAAAAUUUAACAGUUUUUUUAUUUCCAUAUCCCCUCAUAUUGAGGAUGGAUUUUGUAAUUUGAUUAAAGCUUAAUAAAUAUUUUACAUAUAUAUAGAUAUAUUAUUUAGAUAUUAUUUCUCAGCAAAAAUCUAAAGAGUUUUAUUCUAUGUUCUCUUUGUACAAAUAAAUAGCAAGGAAUAAAUAUAAAUAUACGAGAUGAUUCGAAAAUCUUAUCGGAAACUGCGAAUUCUACACCUCUGUGAACAAAGCACACACUCUCUUGAAAACCUACGAAUUGUUGACUUCAAAUGGAUACUAAAUAAAUUCGUCAUUGACCUAAUAAAACAAUUUUUUGGGGAAAGGAAAGAAAUAUCUUAUUUAAAUACGCAUAUAUAUCGGCAUGUGACUCUAGUUCGUCUUUACACCAUUAUGAAUCAUUCAACUUUAUUUAAAUUCUAAAAUAUAACAUAGUUGUAAAUUUCCUGAUGAAACUUUCGAAUCAUCUUGUACGAAGUGUGUCUCUACAGAUACAAACUGCAAUAUAAGUUUUCCUCUCCCCUUCUUCUUUCUUUUUUUUUCUUUUAAUUUUACACAACCGUUAACACUCGUCAAAUUUUGAGAAAACUUAGU